AAGCGAACAUAGUGCAGGCUUUGUUGUGAUUUACAAUUUAAAAACAAACGAUGUGCGUCCGCUUCCUUUGGUUCCGCAUACGCAUUUUAAUUGAGCUUUAAUUUUCCUUUAUCUAUUGCCGAAACAGUCAUUACAUGUGUAUUUUGUGUCUUGUUUAAGUGUCGUGUUGUUUGCAUCAGUUUCAAUGUGUUUUAAACAUGAAGAGCGUGGAAGAGAUAGAAGAUUUUUACGGUGUGUAUUUGUUGGUGAGCAAAAGCCCCAAUCCCAAAUUUGCCGGUCGCACCUACAUUGGCUAUACUGUUGAUCCGAACCGACGCAUAAAGCAACAUAAUCGUGGAGAAGAUGCUGGCGGUGCUAGGCGAACAUCCAACCGUGGUCCAUGGACGAUGGUGCUAAUUGUACAUGGCUUUCCGAACAACAUCUCUGCACUACGGUUCGAAUGGGCAUGGCAGCAGCCUCGCGUUUCCCGCCGGCUUAAGCAAAUCCCCGAGCUGCAGAAAAAGUUACGCAAAGAAUCGAACUUCGAGUACAACUUUCGCAUACUGACGGAGAUGUUGCGAAUGGGACCGUGGAACCGAUUGCCACUCGUCGUCCGCUGGUUUGCGGAUGAAUUUCAUCGGGAAUUCGAGGUUGGGAAAAAGCCACCCCUACACAUGCCCAUCUGUUUCGGUCGUAUCAAGAAGGUGAGGCGGAAGAAAGCGAAGAAGCAACCGAUUGAAGGGCGGCACACUGUGCAUCCGCCACCGGCCAAACAAACCGUAUCGAAUCGGGCGAAGAAUAGUAAAAUAGCGAUCAAUUACGAUUUCGAUGAGUACGAUCUGCUUGUAAUGGGUGGUGAGAAAAUCGAUGAUGCCAGUGGUGCUGCUGUAAACCGCCCCAGUGUGCCACCGAUUAUGCCAGCGACAACUAUGCCAGCCGACGAGAGUGUGGUGAUUAGUUCUGACUCCGAGAGUGACAACGGCAGGGCAGAAGGAGAGCAUGCUUCACAAUCUACGGCGCAAAAGUGUACCAUCUGCGCUGGUGAGCUAAUGCUGGAGCAGGAGGAGGAGAAGGAGAAGGGGGACGCUGAACGGAGGCAGGGUGAUUUAAUUUUAAGAUGCUUACAGUCACGAUGUCCGUUGGCCUGUCAUGUGGAGUGUUUGGCCGAACUGGUCCUAGAACCGGGUCAGUACGUUCCGGUCGAAGGCGACUGUCCGCACUGCGAGGGGCACUUUCUGUGGGGUGACAUCAUACGCAAAGCGAACGGUUGUAGCGAUUUGGUAGACGAUACAGACAACGUUGACCCAGUUGUGUUGGAUGAGGUGUCGGAUGAAGGUGAAUAAACUGGGUGCCGUGUGUUGAAGGAAGUGGAAGCUUUAAAGAGAAGCAUAUGGUAAGAUCUACUACCACUAUUAGAUUAUUAAAUAAUAAGUAAUGUGUGGCACAUGUUAUGUAGUCACAUCAUCGAGAUUCGUUGCAUUGUCGAGCGCUGUGUUGUCUGGUAUCAUUCUAAGAAUGGAGCUAGACAACGGUAUUUCAGUGUAAAAUCACGUUUAAAUUUUGAUAUAAAAGCUAUAAAAUGCUGAGCAAAUUCAAUGCAGGAACUUUAGCAGUGUUAGCCUCCUUGUGAAAAGAAGACCUGAAAAUACAUGCCAACUUUUUUCACUGCUUUAAAUCUUCCAAAAUUGGCUUAACAGUUAUGCAGUUAAAUUUUGUAAAUAAAGCGAUUGACUCACAGCCAAACAAUUGGUGCCUUAGAGACAAAAAUAGGUGAGUUAGAGUCAAAAUUUAGCGGCAACGACUCUUAAAUCCUAUGAGCUACAGCCAACAGUACGCAUAUUAUCAGUGAAAGGUUUUGCUGAGAAUAUGAGUAAAUGGUUAAACAUUUCAGAUCUUUAAGGUAAAGAUUGAGUCAAGCACGGGACGAUACGAGAAAAGAAAAAUCUUCUCGGAAUUACUAUAAAACACACAACGGUUCUCGAUGCAUCAAAAGCACGAUUCUUCCGCACUGAAAUUAAUAAUAAUAAAUAAAUAGAUAACCGAACACUAUAAAGACUAAAUAAAAAAAAAAACAAAAUGCAGUUCUCUGCCCAAAUAAUGAAGUCGCCGUCUUUUAAAACAAAGCUGAACAGUUUAACACUGCCCAAUCCAUCGAAAUAGUUGCUUGAGUGUACUCUGGUUUAAGAUUGUGGGUAAAAAAAAUGUACCAUGAAAUAAUACAGUCCCUUGUUACUAAUGUUUAACAUUUCC